AAGUUUGGAGAUUCUAAAAUUGAAAAUAUAUCAUAAUUAAGAAACACCUAAUUGAAAAUAUCUAUAUAAUACCUAAAUCUUUACAUAUUUAUUAAAAAUAAAUUACUGAAUAGUUAGAUCAAGCGAAAUUUAUUUCUUCAAGAGUUGCUUUUCAACACGGCUUGAUCGACGAAUGUUAUAAAUAAAAAUGUUUCUGCCAAAAGUUUCAACUGAAGCUUUUUUAAAGUUUCAUUUUCCAAUGUAUUAGAUCGCUUUGAAGAAAAUUCGAAAACUUUUUAACUUUUCAAACAUUUUUAAAAUAAUAUAUUUAAAGAUUAUAUUGAUUUUUUUUCUUUAAUUGCAAAUUUAAAGAAAGAAAAAGUAUGGAUUUGAUGCUAACAUGUUUAGAUUUCUAUGCCUUUAGUUGACUGACUUCAACUUUUACAAUUCAUCUAUAGAGAGUCGUUCAUAGUAUGCAGAAAUCGAAAUGUCGACAAUUCCACUUGCUCAUUACAGUAUUUUGAAAAAAGAUACUUUCAAUGAUGUUUAUGAACCUUCCGAAGACACAUUUUUACUGAUUGAUGCUUUAGAAAAAGAUAUUAACAUUUUAAAAGAAAUAAGCCCAAUCAUAUGCUUAGAAAUUGGAAGUGGAUCUGGUGUUGUUACGGCAUCUCUUGGCAAAGUUUUAAAUAGCUGUUUCUAUUUGAGCAUUGAUAUUAACCCUUUGGCUGCCUCUGCUACAAAAGCUGUUAGUGAAAUCAAUGGAAUUGUAGGAAAUGCCGUAGUCUCAGAUUUAGUUUCAGUUUUCGAAGAUCGCUUGGAACAUUCUAUAGAUCUGCUAAUUUUUAACCCUCCAUAUGUAGUGACUCCUAGUGAUGAAAUUGGAAAGGAUAAUAUUUUUUGUGCUACUUCUGGAGGAAUAAAUGGUAGAGAAGUGAUGGAUAGGGUUUUUCCUCUUGUGCCCAAACUUCUUUCUAAGAAUGGAAUGUUUUAUUUAAUUACCAUUGCUGAAAAUGAUAUAACUGACAUUGAAGAUUGCCUCAAGAAAUAUAAUUUAAAAAUGGCCAAAGUUCUUGAAAGAAGAUGUGGCAUUGAACAUUUGUUUGCACUUAGAUUUUCAUUCAAAAAUUCUCCCUUACAUACUAAAUAAAUAAAUUUUUUUGUAAUAAAUAAAUUUAUAUUGUUGUAUAAAA